ACCAGCGGGUCACCUACUGACCCGCGGCAAGGAUUGGGAUGACGUUGAUGAAAUUAUCCUAAUUACUCUAAAAAUUUAGAAAAAUGAAAUUUAACUAUAGAUUACGACAAAAUGAUGUUUAAUACACUUGUAAUUCGAUAGUUGAUAUGUUUAAAUUACGAAAAUAUUAGCGUAAAAAUUUUAAGAAAUUUAUCCAGAAAGUCUGGUAGUCAUGUUGAGUUGUGGUUACGUGUCAACGAGGAAUCGCAUUUAUACUUAACCGGUUCCAGCUGUUGUUUGAAUUUCUAUAUCCGGGGGUGUCACUCCACCCUUAGAUGAAAAUGGUCAACUAUAAAUCCUGCAUUCAAUUCUGAGAAACUAUGGCUUUCGGUAUAUAAUUGUUGAUACUGAUGAUGGCAACAGCACUUGUGGAAGGGAAUGAUGGAUCAGAAUCAGAUUUUGAAGAUUCCAGAAAAAGGCCAUCAGACUCAGAAUUAGAUAAUGACACAAAGAGGUCUCAUCAUGGGGUCGCCAAUGGGACAUAUCAUUUCAAAAUUCUUGUCCCAUCGGUUGCUGCAGGAGCUAUUAUUGGUAAGGGUGGGGAGACGAUUGCCCAGCUCCAAAAGGAGACGGGCACUCGUGUCAAGAUGUCAAAAGCCACUGAUUUUUAUCCUGGAACUAGAGAAAGGGUUUGUUUAAUCACAGGCAAUAUAGAUGGCAUUUUAAAAAUUCAUGAAUUCAUUAUGGAGAAAAUCAAAGAAAAACCUGACCCUAAUGCUAAAUUAGCUAUCGAUUUUGACCAUAAGCAACCCGCAGAGCGUGAGAAACAGGUAAAAAUAUUAGUUCCUAAUAGCACAGUGGGAAUGAUCAUGGGUAAAGGUGGGAGCUAUAUCAAACAAAUUAAGGAGAAGAGUGGUGCUUAUGUGCAAAUAUCCCAAAAGUCCAAGGACCAUGCCUUAGUAGAACGUUGCAUAACUGUCAUAGGAGAAAUGGAAAAUAAUAAAAUUGCAUGUGAACUUAUUCUAAUGAAAAUUGUUCAAGAUCCCCAAAGUGGUAACUGUUUAAAUGUCAGUUAUGCUGAUGUCACGGGUCCAAUAGCUAAUUUUAAUCCUACUGGUUCACCAUUUGCUAAUCCUAAUAGUAUUUCCAAAGGCACCAUGAAUAAUAGCAAUACCAGUUACAGUUCAAAUGACAGCUUGAAUAGUCUUAGUCCUACUGUUACAAAUAGUUUUCAUAGUCCUCAAACCAGCACAACAGGAGUAGUCGCAUUUUCUGGGAUGGGAAGUCCCAGUGUCCCUAGCACUAAUGUAUCCCAGGUCAUUGAAAGAUUCAAAACCAUGCUCCGUGGCAGUGGAUACUCGGAGCAAGCUUUGUCAGAAAUCACUGCAGCCAUGAAUACAUUAGCAAAUUACAAUAUUCCAAGUUACAACAUUCUUGGACUAUGCAUCAAUGGAAAUGGUCCUCCGAUGGUCAGUGGAAUGGGUAUGGGAAUGCCCAAUUCUGCUGCAGCCAGUUGUCCAAUGCCUCCUGGAGGAAUGUCCAACCAAGGUAUGUACACAUCCACUGCUGGUGUUCCUGGAAUGGAAGCUGCAUCAGCAAUGUCCGAUCCAAUGGGAGCAGGAUCUAGCAUCUUUAGUCCUAUUGGAAGUCUAGGCAAUGGUGUCUCUGGAUUGGGUCUUGGACCUGGCUUCACAUCACCAACAACAUCUCGUUCCAGUGAUCGCUUCUUGGUACAACCCGAAACUCAAGUAUUUGAGCCUUUUCGAAGAACCUCUCCAACGCUUGCAUCUCCAAGUGCGGCUGCUUUGCCCAUCAACAAUAAUUCCUUUGGUCUAGGGACUGGUCCAAUUUCUGGUCCUGUCAAGAGUCCCCAAUCCAUCGAUCGAUUAGGGCCAGACAUGACGAAGAUAGAGAUUGAAGUAGGAGAAAAUAUUGUUGGAGCCAUCUUGGGACCAGGUGGAAAAGCUCUGGUAGAAAUUCAACGGUUCAGUGGAGCGAACAUCCAGAUCUCAAAGAAGGGAAUCUUUGCCCCUGGAACUCGCAAUCGCAUUGUCACUAUUACGGGUCUCCCCCAUAACGUGAGUACAGCUCAGUACCUCAUUGAGCGACAAGUAGGUGAAGAAGAGGCCAAGCGAGCUCAACAAAAUGCCAUGGGAAUUUUGCAUUGAACUGAAUUUUAACAUAAUCUUUCUCCUUUCAUCUUUUUCUUUGUGUGUCAAUGGCUUCAUUAUCUCUUCCUUAAAAGUUGUGGAGAGGUUCCCAAGUACCUUGUUACCGUUUCAAUGAAUUAAAUACCUAUUGAUUAUUGUUAUCAUACGUUAAUAUAUAUAUACACACAUAUGCAGAUAUGUCACUAAGUUCUGUAUAAUUCAUAUGUGGCUGCGUUCCAUUUGCUAAGCAUGAUUUAAGGGUGUGAAUUAUGUAUAUUCAGACACAUUGUGAAGGACAAUUUCAUAUGGUCUGUUAUUGUUGCAGUGUUUUUCUCAAAUUAUUUAGGUGACUUUUUAUGUAAAAUUGGAUUUAAACUGUUUUAGAUUUUGCCUCAUAAGUUACCUUAAAUUGUUAACUUGCAAUACAUCUAAGAGAUGCUUUGUUAACCUAACCAUUUUUUAUCUAAUAUCCUGUGAUUGGAAAUGUAUUUUUGUUGGCUUUUUGAUCAGCAAUUUGUAUCCGUAUAUAAAAUCCAGCUUUUUUUUUUUAGCUUUGUGGUAUAUAGAUAUCUGUUGUUGAUAAUUAGAAUCAAACAAAUAAACUUUAAUCUAUUAUUUAUGGUUUUAUAUCAGACUUAAUUGAUUUUUUUAUUUAAUGUGUUGUAUUUUCUGGCAGUGUAAACUUGCUCUUAUUUAUUGAGCUUUUGAUUAUAAAAUUGGAUCAUCGUAAAAAAAUAAAUCAAAUCAGUGUGAUUUCUGAUGAAGUGAAAGACUGAACAAAUGUGAUCUUUAUAUUGAAUUUUUAGGCUAAGCUAAAUAUUUUGAAUUAUAUUCCAAAUAUUCAAGCAUUCAUUGCAGUAUAUACAAAAUGUGAUAAUUAUCUUUGUGUAGGAAAUAAUGAAUUCUUCUAUAUUGAGUCACUUUUCUAAGUAUACCGAUUAUUUUAUGAGCUGCAACGGUAAAUUUAAUCAGAGGUAUACUUAGUGUAUUGUGCAAUGAAGCUUCUGAUUUAGGUAAUAAAUUUAAGUGAUAACUUAGGGAAUGUAUUUAAGUGAUAAUUUUGAAUAUUGUAAUUUAUUUCUUUAUAAAAGAGCGUUUCAGGGAAUAGUUGUGAACAUUUUGUAUAUUUUGUUAGAAUAUGUUGUAUUAAAAAGAUCUUAUAAAAACAAGUUAUUUACAUAAAUGUAAGUUAUGUAAAAUGGAAGUUAUAUAAAAACUAGAAAAUGCUUUUGUUCCUAAACAAUUAUGUAAAUAUUCCUCAUAAACUUCAAUUAUUUUCCAAAUGAUUUGUUAUGAAUUGAGGUGUAGAAUUUCUACAUAUUGUUUGAAAUUGAAACAUUUGGUUUUCUGAAUAUAAAUCUGUAUCCUAAAGAGUAACUCAAUUUUUUGCUCACAAAAAAAAGCAAAUCAUUUUUCAUUUUAUUUUUCUGGACAUCUAUGAAUCAUUUCAUUCUUUCAUGGCUGGUAAAUUUUGUAGAUUUUUCCAGCCAUACAUUUCCAUUCCUAUAAAAAGGAUAGCUUAAUAAAAUUUCCCAUAAUUUCAUUA